CAACGCUUUCGGAUGCUCAAAGAAGAAGAAGAAGUCGUGAUUGUAUAUGCCUGUGUGAUCAGCAUCUAAGGAUCUGGAAUUCCUGUCAUUUGGAUGCUCGUUCGUGUUUUGGUGUUCAAUGUUGGUACAUAACCAUCAAACCUGAUGGGGGAGAAUGAGGAGAGUGAAGGCAUGAGUGAAUCUGAGGAGAAACAUCAUCAUGUCAAAACUGGAGAAAAAUCAUUCAACUGCCCUCUGUGUGAAAAAACAUUUGCACGCAAACAAGGUCUUAGACUUCAUAUGAGAGUUCACACUGGAGAAAAGCCAUACACAUGUGAUCAGUGUGGGAAGAGUUUCACACGAAAGGGAAACCUUAAAGAUCACAUGAAAGUCCACACUGGAGAGAAACCACACACAUGUGAUCAGUGCGGGAAGAGUUUUUCACUAAAACACAACCUUAACACACACUUGAAAAUCCACACUGGAGAGAAGCCACACACAUGUGAUCAGUGUGGGAAGAGCUUUGCAGUAAAACGUUUACUCAAUGAUCACAUGAAGAUCCACACUGGGGAGCAACGGCAUACGUGUGCUCAGUGUGGGAAGAGUUAUACCAGAAAAGGAGCCCUUAAUGAUCAUAUGAAAAUCCACACUGGAGAGAAUCUGCACAAGUGUGUUCAAUGUGGAAAGAGUUUCAGGAAAUCAGGCGUUUUAAAAGUACAUCUGCGUACUCAUUCUAGAGAAAGACUGUAUAGCUGUGAUCAGUGCGGUAAAAAAUUUUCUAGGGCAGAUUUCCUGAAGGACCACCUGAAAGUUCAUACAAAGGAGAGGCCUUGGGUAUGUUCCUUGUGUGGAAGGAGUUUUAGCCAGAUUAGUAAUUUAAAAAUACACCAGAAAAGACACAGCGGUGUGAAGGAUCAUAGUUGUUUUGACUGUGGAAAGACUUUUGUUACAAAUGAUGAAGUGAAACAGCACCAGAGAAUUCACAGUGGAGAAAAACCUUAUACGUGUUCACACUGUGAAAAGAGAUUCAGUCGGCCACAAUAUCUGAGAAUACACAAGAGGAUCCACACUGGAGAGAAGCCGUAUCACUGCCAUUCAUGUGGGAAGAGUUUCACUUAUUUUGCUUCUCUAACCGGUCAUAAAAAAAAAAUGCAUGUCUGAAAGUACAGCCAGUAUUGUGAGUUUUGAUCUGUAAGACUGCAUCAAAUGAUGUUGAUAAUUGAUUAAUAAAAGAUUAUUAGAACAAUCACCUCAUUGUUGAAUAUUUCAGAUUAUUUAUUUUUAUUUUUAUUUAUUUUAUUGUUGUAAUUGUUGUAUUAUUAUUCUUCAUUUGUCAUUUUAUGUUUUUUAUAUAUUACAUUACUUAUUAUGUUACUUACUACCUUUCUCUUGCAGUGCUUGCUAUUGUUGUUUAAUUUUACAGUUGAAUGGUUUGUAAGAGAUAAGAAAAUGUCUUUGUUUCAAAGUUUUUAUCGUCGCAGGACAACGUUGCGAAGCUUUGGUAUAAUAACAAUUGUUGGAUUUGUACUUGUUUGUGCUUUAAGACAUUGGCAUUCAGAUGAAGUCCAAACAUUGAAACAUACACAACUAAGUUUAUUCAAUAAACUUUGGUAU